AGUUUCAGAUUGGUCUAGGCUAGGCGAACCAAUCCAGUUUGUGUUGUUUAUGGUUAUUAGAAUGCGUUAUUAGAUUAAUUCCCUUUCCUCUUGUUUUUCCAGUAUUCUCCUAUAAAGACAUUAAGGCAAUACAAAUACAUGCAAGAGUCAUGGAGGACCGAGGGACCUGGACGCUGACGGCCGUAACCGUCGCUUGUGUCGCCGCACUCUAUGUUCCUACUGUGCAGAGAACAUUACCUGGAGGGGACUCAGGAGAGCUGAUCACCGCUGCCUGUGAACUGGGGGUGGCCCACCCUCCGGGCUACCCCACCUUCACCCUACUGGCCCGCCUGGCCAUGGGGCUGUUGCCCUCCUUCUCCCCGGCCCACAGUGUCAGCCUGAUGUGCGGGCUCCUGGGGGCCCUGGCCAGCGGGGCGCUCUGUUUCACCGUCUGCAGGCUGUCCGGUCCGGGUCCCGGGGCACUGCUGGCCGGGGGGGCGUUCGCCGUGACGAGGCUCACCUGGCAGUGGUCCACCGUGGCGGAGGUCUUCAGCCUCAACAACCUGUUUGUAGGCCUGCUCUUCUCCCUGAUUGCCUGCUUCUACAAUCCGGGCGUUAGGAAUCGGUCCUUAGAUGCCUCGAAACGUAGGAAGAUUGCCCACCUGGGGCGCUGUGCCUGUGGCCUGGGGCUCUGUAACCAGCACACCAUGGUGCUGUUUGUUGUGCCCACCGCCCUCUGGGUCCUAGUGCAGCUGCACUCCGACGGGGGGCUGUCUCUCCGCCUCCUGGUGACCCUGGGAGUGUGUUUCAUCACCGGGCUCGUGCCCUACGUCUACCUUCCCAUCUCCUCGAGCCUCAAUACGUCCCGCUGGAGCUGGGGAGACCAGACCGACCUCUCGGGCUUCCUCACCCACCUGCUGAGGAGAGAAUACGGCACCUUCAGCCUGGCUAAGACGGAGAGCUCUGUAACCGUGGCUACGAUGCUGAAGGCCCAGGUGGACCACUGGUAUGCUGACUAUCCCUUUCUCUUCUGCCUGGUCUUCUACCCUGCUUUUUACAAUGGGUAUGGCAAGGUGUCCGGGCUGUUUACCACUAUGCUAUGCGUCUACAUGCUGUUCUUCGCUUGGAGGGCCAAUCUGGACAUCAGCAAACCCCUGCUGCUGGGUGUGGUGGAGCGUUUCUGGCUACAGAGUGACGCUAUCGCCGUUGUGCUGGCGGGCCUGGUUCUGGGUGGCCCCAAGGGUGGGUUGAUGAAGAGACUAGGCUACCGGAGGCUGUGGAGGACCUCAGGAUGGGUGGUCACCGUGGGGGUGCUGGUACACAUGGCCCACUCUAACUACUGGACUUGCGAUCAGAGCCGCAACGAUGUGGUGGAGAACUUCGGGAGGCAGAUCCUGGCCUCCAUGCCCCGGAAGGCCAUCGUCCUGACCCGGGGAGACCUGCCGGGAAACACCCUGCGCUACCUGCACUACUGCCGGGGCGUGCGGGCCGACGUCACCCUGGUGGACCAGGAGAUGAUGACGUACCCCUGGUACGUGGCCAAGCUGAGGAGCCACCACCCUGGGGUCCACUUCCCUGGUCGCUGGUGGGACCCGGUGCGCUCGGAGGAGAAAGGAACCUUCAGCCUGGAGCACUUCCUCUCCAACAACACACAUAGGCCUGUGCUUGCAUGCAUCGGUCUGACUGAUGGGGACCCCAGCUGGGAGCGGAGCUUCACCCGUUGGCCCCUGGGCGUGUGCGACCUCCUUGUCCCUGCCCACACACACUUCCACCCUGAGGACUGGGCUCACCGCACCCGCAACCUCUACCAGUGGAGCCAGCCCCACAACAGUUUCCAUCCCGGUUCCUGGGAGCAUGUUGCUAACGAAGAGAUGUGGCAGGCCAGGAUGAAGACGGCUUUCUUCCUCUACGACCUCGCAGAGGGCAUGGAGGGCGACGGGAAGGCACGCCUCUAUCAGCUGUCCUACACCCUCUACAAGGAGAUUGUGGAGGCCUACCCAGUGUACCCCCCCAACUGGGACAGGAACAUGGCCCUGGCCUGCGAGAGGCUGCUCCGCUCGGGCCCCCAGGGGCCCGGUGUGGCCGAGCGCCUGCUGUCCUGCGGCAUCAAGCACUUCUCCCUGUACCUGACCAAGGAGCGGCAGGAGCCCCAGGCCCCGGCCAUACGCUCGGCCAUCGCUCAGCUGCUCCAGGAGCGGGAGCGGCUCCGGCAGAACCUGGUGCAGGGCCCCUGAACCGGCCCCCCGUCGGGCCCCUCUAACGUAGCCCGCACCCGGGGUGGAAGCGGAGAGAGGGGGCUCCUGGGAGCCAGCUGGAGGUCUGAUCUGACUACUUUUUGGAAAAAAACAAUGAUUGAGUGUUUCUUGAUUAUGUGAGAUUCUUUGCAAUGGGUCGAAUGGGUCUUUCGAGUUUGGGACUGGCACCUUACAGGGGCCGCGUGGGACCGUGGAACGAGACGACACAGUGAGGCUACGGCCACAACGUGGUUUAGAAGCCGAGCAGACACGGUGGACGUGAUUGGACUUUGGUGGACUGGAUGUUUCCCGUCUGACCCGCCGGGUCCUCCCGGGACAGGCCUGGACUUUGGGAAAACCCAGUUGACCCCAAUCAAAUCACUCCCGCCUCACUCGGCUGCGUCUUCGCAGCCUGUUUUUUUCCCUCCACUCUGACCAGCGUUUAUGUGAUGAUUAUUCAGCCUUUGCCUGCUGCUAAUGUGAGAAAAAAAAGAGCUGGGCUGGGAUUGAGGGGAAAACCCAAUUCCAAGCGCCGAAACGGGGAUUAGUGCUGCUGUUUAAUCUGGGACAGACUGGUGCCGUUGCUCACUGGCGUUUUCUACUGUGUCCUCUUUCUUCCCCUGCCUGCCCAGCCCUCCCUCUUCCAUCCGUCCAUCCAUCAUUCUAUCUUAGAUGGUCCUUUUAUACGUUUCGAAACCGAAUGGAUUCCCUCCCCUCUUCUCCACUAACAGCACAGCGAUAAUCCUUUGUGGAUUUAAAUAGAACAGCGGAAGCUACAAUGACGUGGAUGUGCGUUUUUUCGUGCGAGCGUCCUCACACACACGUUCACGUACGCACAUGCACACAGCUCAACAAACAGAACCUCGUUCUAGGGUAGCGGCCUCACACGUGGAGGGGCAGACUGAACCAGACCGGACGCCAAGCAUCCCCAGGGAGGCAGAGUCGGGCCCAGAGACCCAGGUGAUGUACCGCAGAGAGCCGCCCAGCACCGGGAGGCUUCAGUCGCACACUGUCUGGGAGUGUGGCUGUCCUUACUGAGGACCGCAUCCUCCUGCUGUUUAAGCCUAUAGGAUCUCUAGGAUAGGAUUAUAACCUUGGGAGGAUCUCUGCGUCUUUGAGGUGAAGUAGGUCUUUAGCCUCGACGAGAAGGGGGCUGAGAAGGUCAAGUACCGCGCAUUCUGACCUGCUGUCUUGCUAUUUUACCAGUGUUAAACUUGCCGUUUUAAUCAAUUGUUUUAAGUCUGUUUAUCUCAUUAAGCAUCUUUAGCGGGAGCUAAUGGGGGCGGGAAUGGGGUGCCGUUUUUAUCUGAAUGCUCUCAUGGUCUGAGUCUGAUUGCUUACCUUGCACAGAAUACUGUGAGGAAUCACAACACAUGAAGGUGGUGGCUUACUGUAUUAGUCAAUUAAAUCAGAAAUUCAGAUCUC